CAAAUUUCUGCUCAGUCGACGUUGUCUCGGUCAAUAGUCAACACGCUCAACAGAAGUCGGUCUCGCCUCUCGUUUCACUUUUUCACCGAGUUCCUUUCUCGACCGAUCGAUCCGAGUGUUGGUACAAUUCGUUUUCGCUCGUUUCUCCUCGCGUGUUUCGAUAGCACUUUCGUCGCUCCAUCGUUUGUUCUCGACGCGCUCAGUCAUAAAACCGUCGAAAUCGCUUCAGAAUCUUUCCUCGGCAUCGUCAAGAAACUUCUAGGAAUCAGUCUCUCGAACAAUUUAGAUUUCCACUCUCGACAAACAUCCUGUUUGUCCGAUUACGUGUCGAGGUACAGGAAUAACGCGAUCAUCAAAAGUAAGUGCGCGCGUGCGGUUCGUGUGUGUAUACAUGUGCCAUCAUCCGCGUGAGCGAUAAGCGGGAGAGAAGAGGACUCGGGCCAACAGAAGCCGGAACCGAAAAAUGGAUGCGACGUCACUGCGACUCAUUUCCGGACUGCUUUUGUUCGCCUACACCGCGUCACACUUUACUCGUGCAAACAACGGACCCAAUUACUACGGCAAACACAUCGGACCUUUGAAGGAAUACGCGCACGGGAUCAAGGGAGACGUGUACGCGGUGGACGACACGACGAUAUUCAUAAAAGGAUUCUGUUACGAUGGUACCGGACCGGACGCGUACUUUUGGGUGGGCAACACCUCGACACCCACCCCGCAAGGCUACAUCGUCCCGUAUCCGGAAAUAAAGGAGGGCAGCGACCCGGUGGUGCUGAGAUCGUACAACUAUACGGACAUCAUUCUGAAGCUACCUAACGGGAAACGGAUACGGGACAUCAAAUGGCUGAGCGUUUGGUGUCGUCGAUUUACCGUGAACUUCGGGGACGUUUACAUCCCGAUGAAUCUGAAAGUGCCGAAGGCAAGGCAGCUGCCUGAAUUCUCGAGGCUUGCGCACGGCCUCCGUAGCGGGAACGUCACCAUCCUAGAUUGCAAAACUAUUUACAUUCCGAAUCUGCAUUACGACGGCGCCGGUCCAGACGCCUAUUUCUGGGUUGGAAACGGCUCGGAGCCCAACACGUUCGGUAUCAAAGUACCGAGCGAAAGAAAGAGCUUGACGCCGUUGAGAGGUUACCAAGGAGAGGACAUCGAGAUCGUCCUGCCCGGGAACUUGACCGUGCACGACAUCGACUGGCUGUCGGUCUGGUGUGUCCAGUACAAGCACAAUUUCGGCCACGUUAUGAUCCCGAAGGACCUGGACGUCCCGCCGGCUCUCGGACAGACGAAAAUCGCGACGAGCAGCACGCCGCCGCCGCCGGACAGGGACACGCCGCCGUUGUCGAAGCUCGAGCUGACCAACUGCAAGGAGAUGCUCGAAGGUCGCGUGCAAGUCCAGUGGGAGAUGAUCGGCGACGAUAUACAGAUCAGAGUGUCCGGCCGGAUCAGGGAGGACCAGUACGUUGCGUUCGGCUUGUCCGGCCGCGAGGGCAAGUCCGAGAUGAUCGGCGGCGACGUGGUCGUGGUUGCAUACAACAACAGGACCGGCAAAUUCAUCGCGGAGGACUACUACAUGUCGGAUUACGCGCAGUGCGACGGUAGAAAGGGCGUGUGUCCGGACGAAAGGGUCGGAGGGAAGAACGACGCCGUUCUCGUGCACGGUGAACGAAAGAACGGCGUUACCACAGUUACCUACAUGAGACCUAUAAGCACGAACGAGCCGGUGAAGGACAGAAUGAUCCCGAACACAGAGACAAGCGUGAUCGCGGCGAUAGGUCCUCUGAAUCUCCGAGGAGAAGCCAAUGCCCAUCAGAGCUUCGACAAGACGACCGAGGACAUUCGUAUUGAUUUUACGUCGAGAAACGUGCACGAGUGUACAAAUUCCCUCUACAACCUGCCGGACAUGUCUGACAUCAAACCCUGGCCGCCAGCAGUAAUCACCAACGAAACUACGUUCAGCGCGAGGAUCGGACCCGCCGGUGGGAAGAGAGGAUACACGAGUAUCACGGGACAACCUGCUUGGGGAAUCGCUUGGUACAUCAACGACCUGCUGAUCCCAGAAAUCACGGUGGAGAGAGGAGAGACGUACACGUUUAUAGUCGAAGGAGGGAACGAUCAGGCUAAUUCAGCCAGGUACCAUCCGUUUUAUAUCACCGACAGUCCAGAGGGUGGAUUCGGCCAGAAGACCGAGGAAGAGCAAAUGGCACAAACGGUGUUCGCCGGAGUGGGCCGCGACGCGGACGGAUACUUUUAUCCCACGGCGGCUGGUCGUUACUGCGAAUGGGUUCACAAGACGAUAGACAUGAGCGAGGAUAUGGAAACUUUCGAGAAUUUCUUUGAAACACUUAGGCUGGAGUGUGACAAGGGUGAGCCGGCUAAACUUGUUUGGACCGUGGCCGAGGACACUCCAGAUUUGGUUUACUACCAGUGUUACACGCACAAUAACUUGGGCUGGAAGAUAAACGUUGUCAACAGCGCACACAUGGCGGUGCCGUUACUGUCGAUGGUCACAACGACGUUCGUCAUCAGUAUGUUAACGUUCAUAAGAUGAAUUAACCGUUGAAUGUCGUCUAGCGAGAGAUACGCGAGGAAUUGUGGGCGUAACGUGCAAGAUCGCAGGACUAGAUCUGAAACGAGGCAAAACGAGGAAAGGGAAAUCGUGCAACAACAAAGCGUUAGCUCGCGUAGAUAACGAUAUGGUGAUAAAACAAAAAAAAAAAAACAAAAAGAAAAAGAAAAAAAAAGAAGAGGCGAUUGUUAAAAAUCUGCUGAACACGAUACAAGGUUGUAAGAAAGUACUUAGCUCGUAAGGUUUAAUCGUAACGUAAAAGAUUAGCAGAAUAUUUUUAAGAUCUCUAUCAGAUUCAAUAUUUCAUAUUAUGCUAUAUGUAUAUGUAUAUUUAUAUAUAUAUAUAUAUAUACAUACAUAUAAAUAUAUAUAUAUAUUGUAUACAUACAAUACACACAUAUUAACACGGCACUUGAGGAGAACGAGAUUCGAGGUGAUUUUUAACGUUUAAGAAUUUAAGAGACUACUUAGGCAGAAAAAAUAAAAACGGGAGGGUGAAUAAUAAUUUCUGACAAUAAUAAGUAAUUCAGGAUCGGGGUAUAAACGAUGGAUUAUUUCUGACAAUAACGUGAAACUUGUGUUGUUUAUCGAAAAGGGAUAGGGAAGGAUUUACAUAUAUAUAUAUAUAUAUAUAUAUGUAUAUCUAAUUUGUCGUGGAGAAUCGAUCGGAUUCGAUAGGAUCGAUCGUGUAUAUCGGUGAUAAACGAAAGAACGGGGAAAGUAUCCGUGGUAUAUGUACAAUGUAAAUUUUGCACAAAGCUAUAGUCGAAUAUAAUGUAACAUUAAAGAUCGAGUAGUAUUUAAGACUAUACAUUUAUAAAUGCUGUCGACUUGACAAUAAUACGUAGGGUAGUGAACGAUGAAGGAAUCGCUGAAGAGAGGGGGGAAAAAAAUAAAUAAAUAAAAGCGAGAAAAUAUGUACAAGGUAACGUCAAGACAUUAUAUAAUUUAAGGGUGAUACAGUUGCAAACUAUCCCCUAUACGUGUAACAAUGCUAUAAUAUGUACAUACUAUAGAGUGGACCUUCCUAAAACGGAAUGAAAGUAUAAAAUGUGCCUUGGGUACAGAUAAUAAACUUCUCUAAUUACACGAAUUAGGAACCACUCGGACAAGAGAUGCCCCGCAGUACUUGGGAGCUGGUUUCUUGCGCGUCUUCGACCUAUCGUACGUUGUGAAUUUCUAAGAGAAAGUAUUAACGUUAAUAUUUCGUUUUACAAAGGCGUCGCAAGUGAAGCAAACCGGCAUAAUUUAACAAGAAUUUGACGAGAAUUUAUUCGAGCAAUGACGUGUCAGCGAACAGGUAGCGCGAUACGCGCAAGAAAUGAAGAAGAAACGCAACCAAGAAAUCAAAAAAAUACAUAAUCAUUCUAGAAACGUAGAGAUUAACAACGUAGCAGAAUAAAAGGAUAUAUCUCUCCCUCUUUUUUAAAUGUGAAUAUAAACAAAAAAAAAAAAAAAGGAAAGAACUAUCCAGAUUCUAAGUAACGGGGUAUCCUCAAAAUUGCCAGCAGCGAACAAAAUUCUUUGCAAUUCCGAUUGCUUAACGCACGAAGACCAGCCUGUAUUUAAUUAUAUAUGAAUACAUAAACCUAACAUAAACAUUAUAUAUAUAUAUAUACAUACAAAUAUAUAUAUAUAUAUAUUAAACGUACAUACAUUAUAUGAGGUACUACGUGCAUACAUACGUACGAAACGAAAAUUCAGAAAUUUAUGUCCUUCAGCUGUCAACGUUGUCCAAUCUGUACCGUUUGCAGUUUACCAACCGACGAUCAGACGAAAAAAAUCCAACACAAUUUGUAUCGUUCUCCUCUCCUUUCGAUCCAAAGAGAUCAUCCGAGUGAUUCGUAAAAACGAGCGAACGUGUACGCAAUGUUGGACAACGUUGUCCAAGCGUCUUUCACGUGAGAAAUGCGUUGAAGAAACAACAAGUGUUAAGUAAGGAUAUGUAUUACACGCGUUUGUAAAGAUAAAAUUAAGCGACCAUAAGAAGCGACGAAGCGGAAGGAUCCGCUUGAUCGGACCGUGGAUCCCAAUAUUUCCGGUAGUACUCGACGGCGAUCCUCCACACUCCGCAAUCCCGCAUAAUUUUCUUCACGCCCCUGAUAGACGUACACACAUCCUCGUCCUCCGUUUCCGUUCUCUUCUUCCUCGUCUCACCCGCUUUUCGCCAUCCGUUUCUCCUUGUUGUCGCGUCUUUAUACUUCUUUCGAAGCGAGUCGUUCGAAGAGAGAACGAGCCAGAUCGUAGCGCGUAAGCAGAUAUGAAAAAAAAAAAAAAGAAAAAGCUCUGUGAACGACAAUAACACGAUGACGAUCGGAAGUUCAGAGGAGGGGGCUGCUCCGAUGAAUCGAGCGAUUUUCGCGCGAGCGAAACCGGGCAACAGAGAGAAAGAAAAACAUCGUUUCUCGAUGAACUCGCCGGUUUUGACGUAUGUACAUACAAUUCAUGUACGUAACUUGCUGUCCCGCGUCCGGAGCUCUCGCGACAAUAAAUAAAACGAGCUGCUUAACCGUCAAGGAUCGAUCGUCCGUUCGCCAAAGUUACUCGGACAAUAACGCAACUGCGAUUGCGACCCCCCAAAGAGUUCUAUAUUUUAUGGAAGGGGAUGGUAAAACGUAUCCGAACGACACAUUCUCUGAGAAACGUUCGCGGACGUUCCAGGCAUUCGACAAUAUCCACGGAUACGGUUUACCGUUCCCAAUUUUGAGAUCCCGGACAAUAAUCACGAUCGUUCCUUUCAAGUACAAACACUCGACGAUCGACCGUUGUUGGUCGGUUGUUAAGAUCGGACAAUAAUAAAUACAAAGCCAUUUGUACGAUGGAAUGGCGCGCGGAAGAGAUGCUCGAUCGUAGGACAGCGAACGCCACUUGUUCAGAGGACAAACAAUGUAUCUGUACGGAUCAAUUAUUCGAGGUGUAAGUGUACAAAAAGAUGAAGUUAAACAGCGCGCGCACGUUCUCCGCCGGCAUUUAAGGCUAUUAUAUUAGCUGUUAAACGAGCGUACAGAACGAACGAACGAAAGUUUUAGAUAGGAAUGUAAAGAUCUUCUCUUUUUAACAAUCUCGUCUCUCCUCUCCUCUCUUUUUCUCUCUGUCUUUCGUAUAUGUAUCUAUAUAUACAUAUGUGUGUGUGCGUGUGUGCACUUUCUACGCGUAACCAUUUCUCUCUCUCUCUCUCUCUCUCUUUUUCUCUUUGUCACUCGUUUUCACCCUUUUACCCCUGUAGAAUAUUCACGGAGCAGCCCGAGCGACGCAGUCCCUCGAAAUUAGUUAGCGAUUAAGAAAAUCGAACAAAUAGUUUAGAAACUAAGUGAAAAACCAUGUUUUCUCGCUGUGUCGACGUGUAGUUUAAAAAUGAAAACUGUGAGAAAUGAAACGAAGGUAUUUAAACGAAGAUUUUGUGAACGAUCGUGUCACCGAUUGUUACUGAUUGAUUGUCGACCAAUUGAUCGGCUUCUGAUUUCACCGUGCGAGAUAUCCCAAGCGUGAGUUUCGAAUCGUCGAACGAUCUAUCUUUGUAGAGAGUGAAAACACGUUUACAUUUUCUGUGUCUCUCGUAUCGUAGUCGAAAUAGCGUUUCACCGUGUGUAAUUUCUCUUUUUCGUGCGCACACCGAUCCUCUCGUGUGAAAGUCGACAGGUCGAAGAAUCGAUCAACUUGGAGGAAUUGAACUGAAGAAACAGGAGAUCGAUAGAACGAGAUUCCAUCUUAAUUAAUUAGCGUUCAAUUCGGAUGCGUGUGAGAACGUUCCUCGUUGCUUGAUCCAUUCUUGGCUGACAGUUUCGACGAGCCUUUGCAUAUUUGUUAUAUCUGUUCUUUUCUUCUACUAUACCCGCUCACAUAUCCUCAUGAACAUAUCCCUAAUAUAAGAUUCGAAGGGUUUUGAAGCGUUCUCGAUUAGUGUUUUAUCCAGACGAAAAAAAAAAAAAAAAAAAGAAAAAAAGAAAACAGAAAAGAAGAAGAGAAGACGAAGACAACAGCGAACUCUCUCUCUCGAAUUCGAACGUUAAGGAAAUCAAGGUAGAAAUUUGACGAACGUCCCUCGAGAUCGGCGUUUACGUCUCUGAUUUUCUCCCCACAAAAUGCUGUCUGAGGAACAUUUCGGAAGAUCGAGUGGCUAGACGACAAAAGGAGAAAAUGAAGAUUGCGACUUGACUCUGCCACUGAACGACGCGACGCGACGUGAAAAAUCGAGAUGGGGAAAAAAAUGAAAGUGGGAAACAUUCGACGAACCGUAGAGAUAAGCAAAGAACAAAAAAAAAAAAAAGAAAAAAAAAGAAAAAAGAAAAAAAAAACACUCGAACUAGCGAUUUUAAUGAUGUCGAUUAUUCGAAAGGAUGUAUUGUUCGAACACUGUCAAUAUGCAUGUAACGACGAAGAACUUCUUGUUUCAACGAUAUAUCGUAGGGUUAAACCGGGAGGCUUUUAAAAGCUGGAUAUCUUUCUGAAUCUUAUUCUCCUUGUCGUAGAAUAUAUUUUCACACUUACGAACACGGUGUAGAGAGCGAGAGAGAAGGAAGAAAGGGAGAAACGGUAUUAAUAUCGGUGCUUCGGCUCUUUGCACUCUUGGAAAUGCGCUCCGCUUACUUCCUCUGGAGUAACAAAUCCGUGACAGUACUGUACGUGUAAAGAAGAGACGAAAUAGAGGAAGAAACGACGUGUACUGGUAUCGAGUUUAAGAGGCAAAAACAUUGAGGCAGGAUUUUAUUCGCAAGGGCAAUACGAAGAAGGUACAAAGCGGCAUCGAUAAGAUGAAUUGAUUUAUUACCGAUAGACCGUCCUGAGUUGUGUUUAACAAAUUUUAAGGAUCUAUAUUUUUUGAACGACGAGCAUCGUUGGAGAGGGAGGGAGGGAGGGGAGGGAUGUUGCAAUAUUUUAUCGUUAAGGGAGAACGUGUCGAGAGACAGAGAAAUAUAAGGGCAUUUGGAUUCGAUCGAAAGUAGUAGAGUCAACCCAGACACGAGUGCGAAGAGUUGAAGGAGAGAAAUAAAAUUUCAUAAGAUCCAUAUCCAAGUCGUAUCCGUAGGUAAGUCGUUUUCGAACAUGCUGACGCGCACCCAUUAGUAAUUAGUACGUCUCGUAGAGGAUAACUUAGUUCGUAAAAGUUUAAACGAAACGAAACGAAAAUACAAAAAAAAAAAAAAACAAAAACAAAAUAGAAGAUGAAGAAGAAGAAGGAGAAGAAGAAGAAGUAAGGAGUCUAUCGACUGUUUAAUCCGAGCUGGAGGAAGAAACAAAGAAAAAAAAAAAGACGAGCCUAAUUCUGAAAAGUGUGCGAAAUGUUUCGGCGAAUUUAUCGAGCUCUCGAGUAAACAAAAAAUAAAAAAAAAAUAACGUAGCAUUAUCGAGAAAUGAUAAAACAAUUGUCAACCGUUUUUUUCAACGUUUACGUGUUAGACUAGACUAAUCAACAAAAUAACUCUAUUAAUCGUGUACUCGUAUUACUGUAAAGUCGGUUCAAUUGUCAAGAUCCUCGUGUUUUCACAAGACACGUGCGAACAUUGGGUUUCAAGACAUAUCGAGCGUUUCUCUUUUCUUUUUUUUUUAAUAAUUUCGUCGCGUAUUGUCUUUUGCGUUAUUAAAGAAGAAGAACAAAAUGAAAGUAUUUAACAUAGUUUAAGCAUUAGGCUAUAUACGACUGUCUAAUUUAAUUUCGAUCACUGAUUGCAUUUAUCAAACACCGAAAUACUCGCACGUGUCUGAAGUUUAUGGUCACCGUGAAAAUAAUAACGCUCUGGUCCAGAGUUUAAGCCUACUAACUGCAUACAAAGAUGUAUACGAGUUUGAAUUUCAAUGUCGAUGUUUUCAAUUUCAGUAUAGUGCAUUUUAAGCCAUGUAUGUGUAUAAUGUUGCACGUAUCGUCAUUUCUUUUCCUCUUAUUUCUCUUUUUAUCUGUUUUCGGACAAGAAAUCUUACUCGUGGUAUCUUCAAUCGAGAACAGAUAUCGUAACGACAUACAAAUGCUCAGAAAACUUGUUUCACGAAGCUACAAUUAUUUGCAUCGUUGAUUUAUAUUUAUAUUUUUACGUGCACUUUUAUCUUUUUACAACUUUUUGUAAAACGACUAUUUUUCCUGAUUGUGGUGAAAAUUAUUAUUGUGCAAAAGAUUAUCAUACAUUGUUCAUUGAACUUGAAUAAUUUAGUAAAAGCAUUGUAGCUUUUUGAAAUAAGUUCAAAGAUUUGCGAAACAUAAUAUAUUAUCAAAUCUGUACUUCUAGACUUCUUAGUGUUCACUUAAUUAUUAUUAGACUAACAAUUGAAUUUGAAUACAGUAAAUUUUUUCAAUGACUGUCCAAACGAUUCAUAUUCUGAAAUUCUACGUAUUAAGAACUUUAAAAUAUGAAAUGAAAGUAAUUCGGAUAAACAUCGAGUAAAUGUCUAUAUUUUGGUCAAUUAUUCCGUGAUAUAACAUACAACCUUCUAGUUUCAAUUCGUUGGCGAAUGGAUACACAGAAUUGCGACUUCGUAUAAUCCAGGAAAAUGUACUUGAUUCCCUGAUUGAGCUAUGAACGAAAAGCAUUUCUGUGCAAUGUUAAUUUUCUUCAUAUAGUCUAUAUGUAGUAUGCGAAUAGGUGAUGGUUCAUUUAUAGUGUCAAUUUGUCUCUUUCUUUCUCUUUUCUUUUUUUUUGUUUUUUUUUUUUUUUUUUCUCUUUUCUUUUUUUUUGUUUUUUUUUUUUUUACAGAAAACAAAGAGGAAAA